UUGCUUUGAACUAUCAGUCAGAGGGCAGAGUCCUGCAGCUUAACAGAGCAAAAUUCUCCUGCAACGGCAACUGCGGCUACAUUCAAAAACCUGUCAGUAUGUGUGAAGGUUCCUUCAAUCCUUUUUCGGAGGAUCCUUUACCAGGCCUUCUGAAAAAACAACUAGUUCUUAAGAUUAUCAGUGGCCAACAGUUACCCAAACCUAAAGACUCCAUGCUGGGCGACCGAGGAGAGAUCAUUGACCCAUUUGUGGAAGUAGAGAUCAUUGGACUACCGGUCGACUGCUGUAAGCAGCAAACCCGAGUGGUUGAUGACAAUGGUUUUAACCCUAUGUGGGAGGAGACACUUGUCUUUACACUACACAUGUCCGAGAUUGCCCUUGUACGCUUCCUGGUUUGGGAUCAUGACCCGAUUGGUCAGGAUUACAUUGGCCAGAGGACCAUCGCCUUUAACAGCAUGAUUCCUGGUUACCGGCAUGUGUAUUUGGAAGGCAUGGAGGAGGCAUCCAUCUUUGUUCAUGUUGCAGUGAAUGACAUCACUAGUAAGGUUCGGGCAGUCAGUGGUAUAAAAGGACUGUUUCACAGAAAUCCAAAGCAGUCGUCUCUCGACAGCCAUGCUGCUGCUCUGCAUAGCCGUAAGUCCACCUUUGGUGCUCACCUUCUGCGCCGCACAGCCAGCGCGCCCACAAAGGGCCAACCGAAAGUCAAGAGGGGUUUUCCUGAGAUCUCUAUCGACACAAAAGACUGCAGCUCAGAGGGCGCCAGCGAGGAGCGGGAAUCGGAGGAGGGGCCACCCGUCCACCGCAACGGAGACACGGCAUCAUGGGGUCACGGCACCAACGGGCAGCUUCACCCUGAUGACAGUAAAGAAGAUUUGGAAGUGCAGAGUCCAACUCCCUCUGUGAUCACCUCAUAUCUGGAAUCCAUUAUUGAGGAAUGUCAGGAGAACAACCCUUUGAACUCCACGCACAGUCCUGUGGAAACCUCACCACAUUGUACCAGUUGCUCCACUACAUCAUCUCCAUCAUCCACAGCAAUAACAACUUCUUCCAAUGGGGAAAAUCGAAUCCCCGCGAAAAACAACGAGGCCGUUCUGAAACCAUCCGUCCGUUCAUAUAGUAGCAAUGAUGAAGAGUCUGGGAAAAAAUACAUCAACUCUUCAGUUUCCACAAACUACCUGGACAUCGGAUGUGAUACGCCCCCUUUGCCGGAGCAGGCAGAUGCUGAGGUAGUGCGACACGCAGUCACCGAUCCCAAAGUCUCCGAAAUAAACACAAAAGAGACUCUAGGGACAGAAGCCCCAAAGGAAACGGUCAGCAUUUCGAGUUCUCAAAGAGUUCAGACAUUGAAGACUGUGUUCGACAGAGACUUAGGACGAAGCAUGCAAACAGGCCUGAGGACUCCCGUCAGGAGGACCAAAAGCGAAGUACAAGUAAAAGCCACCAGUAAAGUGAACAGCCCGUCAGCCGUCCCCGAGGUUAUCACAGACGCCACUCUAAACGACAGACUCUGGAGCAAACUCGACCCCGGCAGCCACCGCGACAGCGUGUCAUCGUCUUCCAGCAUUUCCUCGAAUGACACUGUGAUCGAUUUGUCCUUGCCUAACCUUUCGAGGAAGAGCCUCACCUGCCUAAGCGCUACCCGCGAGUAUUCGGACAACAAGGUAUCCGUGGCCGCCUGGAUGGGCCGGCCUUGCCCGUCCACCGCGGUCACCAAAAGCAAGUCCAACCCCAACCUGCGGGACGGAGAAAUGUGCGAGCCUGAUGACGAACUACAACCCAGACCUCUGGUGACAGAGAAAGAGUCAAGUCGACUUAUGCAGAGACGCCAUACAUGGAGCAGGUUGUACAUGGAGGGCUUAAAGCAGUCGUCUGCCCUCGCCGCUGCCGGCUCUAAGAGGUCAAGCGCUCCCUUAGUGAAAGACGUGGAAGGUGGCUCCAAAUCCAAAAGCCUCGGAGAUCUCACCUCAGAUGAUAUCGGCUGUAAUUUUCAAAGCAAGUAUCGCAGCAUCAGCCGCAGUUUUGUCGUGCGUUCGAGCCGCCAACGAGGGAGACCUCAGAGUACACCGCAGAACGCCCUGACGGAGCAGCUCAAAAGACUCACUGAUGUGGAGCCCCUCACCAGCAAAGACUUCGAACACAAGAGCGACGCAGAAGUGGAACAGGACGAAGAGGAGGUGCCAUCUUUGCGCAGGAGUUCAUCACGGAGCCAAAGUCGAGUGAGAUACAUCGCCAACCGCGCCAGGCAAGCUCAGGAGAGGCAGCGGCUGCAAAAUCUGAUAAGGUCGUCCGGAAGUCCUAUCGAAGAACGUGGAAAUCCUGAAGGAGCCUGUAGUGUACCCCACAGUCCCUGCACUAGUCUGGACCUGUUGAGCCAGCUUCCACCAGGACCGCCCCAGCGAAGCCCCCUGAGCCCGAACGAUGAUGUCUUCUUUACGCUCAGGCUAUAAAAGAGUUUGAGUUUUAGAUUUUGCUAGCAAACCGACACAAAUCCCAACAUCGCACCCUCCAUCCAAAGACAUCCUAACUCAUAACGUUGAGCCGUCAAUCAUUUCUACAUCCAUUGCUGAACCUUUCUAACCCUAAAUAAUUAACAGUCAAAGGGAAAGAGACGUUUCAUUGAAUGCAACGGUUUGCUAGUUGAUUUGUUAAUGUGCAUGUGUUUGUUAAAAACAGCCAAAGUUGCAAGAACAAAGGAAUAUGUUUAGUUUGCACCUAAUCUAGAAUCUAUAAGAUGAAACUCAAGCGUUUUAAAGGAUCGGAUCAUGCCAGCAGCAUAUGUGGUACUGUAAUAAAAAUAACCUAGAUUGUUUUGUUUUAUUAUUAUUUAAGGUGCAAUGAUCUACUGCAGCAAUAGAUAGUGAAAUAUAAACACUACUGUAUUAAUAAUUCAAAUGAUUUAUAUAUUUAUUAGUCUGCAGCCAAACUCGAAUGCAUUUUGUCUGUACUGUUUAUGGUAUGAGAACAAACUUUCUGAACAAGCAUGGAAUGUAUUUGUCGAAAUAAUUUAUGAAUUGUUUUUGGUUGUAGUGAAUAUAAUGACUGCUUAUUUUCAGUUUUUAGGUUACAGAAUAAAUCCAGUAUGCUCUUCCUUCUGAUGAUGUUUUAAAGAAGUGUAGCUCUAGUAAUACUACUGUAAUAAAAUCACAGAUUUUCACUUUAUGUACAGUAGCUUGCUCUUGGAAUUGUACUGAAUGUCACUUGAUAUUAUUGUUUCUCUUACGGUCGUCUGUAUUUUUAUGUUUUAAAGGUUUUAUGAUUUCAAGAUGUACAGUCUAUUAGAGUCGAGUUGUAAAGAGUUAUGUAGAUGUUAUUCAAUGUCGAUGCCCUCAGUACAUUAAUACAUUUUAUUACUUUUUUAAAGAAUGCUACUCAGUUAAUGGGAAAUAAAUUUUUUAAAGUA